AUUAUUCAAGAACCGGAAAGCCUUCGCUUGCAGUUUACAUUUCACCAUGGUGUUCCAGAAACAAGUAUUUAUUGCAAGUUGACGGACGUCAUUUCAUGUCAUUGAAGUUCCUGACAACUUGACUCUUGUUCAAACAAGAACACUACCAUCUACCAGCACAAGAUGGAAGGUGGUGGAAAGUCAAGAUCUAGCAAAUCCAAGACAAAAAUGAAAGAUUCUAGAUAUGUACCCUAUGCCCGAGGAUUCAAGGUGCCUGCAAAGGUUGCAAGAAUGAAAGCCAUCGGGUUUGAUGUUGAUGGAAUUCCACCUCAGUACCAUCCCUCUUCAGACACAAACUUCUUCACAUCAGUUCCACAACCAACAUCUAUUGAUGACUGGUUGGCUCAGUACGACGAAGAAGGGCAGACGUACUCAGCAUUUCUUGAUGAAUGUCCAUGGUUGUCUACGAGGAAGGUCACAGGCAUGAAACACAGAUUUGUAUCCAAAGGGACAACAAUGAAACAGAAAUAUCCAGAGGGAAAGAUUUACAUAGUGCCAGUUGGAAACUUUGAUGGCAAGUCAGGUAUUGUGUUUGAUGAUCUUGUUGACUAUGCAAACAGAUUUCUGUGCCUCCCUGUGGCAGUCUUACCAGAAAUGAAAUUAGAAUUUUCAAAAGAUCAGCUUUUUCUAACUGAAGAGGCGUCGGUUCAUCCAUCAGGUAGAAAGAGCCGUGCCCGUCGUGCUAACAUAGAUAUACGUUAUCAUUCCAAAAGCAAACAUCUGCAGAUAGAUGUGGUAUCAGUUCUCCGAGAACUGAGGAGGAAGAUUCCGCAAGAUGCUCUCUGUGUGAUUGGUCUGACAAUGCAUGACCUGUACGGUGACGAUACAGAUCUGUUUGUUGCUGGAAUGGCUGCUGGCAAUCACAAUGUUGCUGUCUUCAGUGUACUCAGGUAUGACCCAAGGCUGACAUUCUCUAAGGAGUUCUGGUACGACAUCAAACAGACCGAAAAGGUCUCUGACCAGGACAGACAGAGGCUGGUUCUCCAGAGAAGCUGUAAAUUGGUUGUUCAUGAAAUCAAUCAUCUUCUGGGGAUCGACCACUGUAUUUAUUUUGACUGUUGUAUGAACGGGUCUGGCCACCUGGCUGAGGAUUUCCGCCAGCCCAUGCAUCUGUGCCCUGUGGACCUCCACAAGCUGGAGGUCCUGACAGGGAUGGAUGUGACCGAUCGGUACAAGAAGCUGCUGGAGUUCUACAAGAAACAUGGGAUGGAGAGUGAGGCGGCGUGGGUGGAGAGGAGGAUCCUGUAUAUUCAGGAAGAGGCACAGAAACAGGGGAAGGCAAUUCAACUGAAAUCACAUGACUUAGAAGAUACUCACAUGUCUCAGGAUCCGCUUGAGAAAAUGGAAGCUAGUGGUAAAACAAGGAAGAAAAGCAGGUUCAGGUCCAGGAAGUCCAGAAGAUAUGUGCCUUAUGUUAAAGGAUUCCAAGUUCCUACCAUUAAGGAAAGAACAGAUGCCAUAGGAUUUGAUACAAACAACAUCCCGCCCCAGUACCGUCCAAUAUCAGACAUCACUGUCUUUGCUGCCAUUCCCCGACCAACCUCUAUUGAUGAUUGGCUGGCUCAGUAUAACGUGAAAGGACAGUCCUUUUCAGAUUAUGUUGAACAUUGCCCUUGGAUGUCAAACAUAAAGUACAAGAGGAUGGAUCACAAGUUUGUCCCUGAUGGAAAGACAUUGUGUGAGAAGUACCCAGAAGGAAAAAUUUAUGUUGUGCAAGUCGGGAACUUUGAUGAAAAUUCUUGUUUUGAUUUUGCUGAGCUUGUUGAUUACGCAAGGAGGUACCUAUGUCUGCCGAUAAAAACACUGCCAGCGCUGAAGCUUGAAUUUUCAAACCAACAACUUGUCCUGCUUGAUGAUCCUGAUGUUAGUCCUGUGAUAAAGACCCGGUAUAAUUCAGAGUUCAAACAUUUCCAGAUGGAUGUUGGAGUCGUUCUCUCUGAACUGAACCGGAAUCUGCCCCCUGAUGCCCUGGGUUUAAUUGGGCUUACCAUGUAUGAUCUAUAUGGGGGUGAUACAGAUUUGUUUGUUGCAGGAAUGGCAUCUGGAAAACAAAAUGUUGCCAUCUUUAGUGUGCACAGAUAUGACCCAAGACUUACUUUCUCCACUGAAUUCUGGUAUGAUAUUAACAAAACUGAGAGUGUGUCAGAUCAAGACAGAAGACAGCUUAUUCUUCAGCGCAGCUGUAAACUUGUAGUCCAUGAAAUUUGUCAUCUUCUUGGCAUUGGGCAUUGUAUAUAUUUUGACUGUUGUAUGAACGGGUCUGGCCACCUGGCUGAGGAUUUCCGCCAGCCCAUGCAUCUGUGUCCAGUGGACCUCCACAAGUUGCAGGUCCUGACAGGGAUGGAUGUGACCGAUCGGUACAAGAAGCUGCUGGAAUUCUACAAGAAACAUGGGAUGGAGAGUGAGGUGGGGUGGGUGGAGAGGAGGAUCCUGUUUAUUCAGGCAGAGGAACAUAAGUAAGAUCCAUCUAAGAGAAAGGGUUUGGGGAAUAGCAUUUUGUAUUUUCUCAGUAACUAACUGAUGUCAUUUCAAACCUUCAGACGUUAGAAUUAGCCUAAAUUCCUUUUUGAAUGGAUAAUCUAUAAUUCCAAGAUUAUUCUUUCUUAUAUAUGUUACUUGUGGUUGUAUUAAGAAAUAAAGUGCACCAAAAUUUAUGAACUGUCACCCCUUCACAGAAGUCAACCUGUUGGUCGAUAUGCAUGAACACUUAUUGAUGUUACAAACAAGUUGUAUUUGUGCCCACAAUGAAGCAGUUGAUGAAAAAUAUAUGCUUAAUUCCUCACUCAGGAAUAUUCCAGCUGUAUGUUGAUGGUAUCAAGUCUGAACCAAACAAGCCAGUGACUGACAUCUAAACCAUCAUGAGCUGAUGAGAACUACCAUUCAAUCCUGUCCCUGAUUGUGUUUUGAUUUUUGUCAGCACCAUACAUUAUUGAUUUGUUUCUACAAAGUUGUAAAUGUUUGUAGUUCUACUCACCAAAAGCCAUUUUGGUAAAAUUGAUUGCUGACUUGCAUCCCUUAGCUGACCUGCAUCCAUGGUCACUCCCUGGAAAUCAAAGAGAUGCAAAUCUUCUGUACCAUCUAUAUUAAACAUGACCAAGUUACGGUGAUAUUCUAAAUAAUGGAGUAUUUAAUGUGGAGAAUAUCAGUUGUUUCAUCCAAACGUUUAAGUGCAAUUUAUCAAUUAUGCACUAUGUUGUUAUGUUUUCUUGAAUGAGGCAGCAUUUAUAAGAGAUGUCAUAACUAGUUAACUAAUAUCAACUAGUGUAUUGUCUUUUCAAUACCACAGAUAUUAGCUUAGGCCGUGUUGCAUUAUAUAUUUCAGAUACAGAUUUCAAAUUGUCUGACUGAGUGCUAUACAUGAAUGUAUAAUAUUUGAUAGAAAACAUUUACUAUUUCUUUUUAAACUUUAUUAAUGCAGAACGACUAGUAUGCAGCAUAAGUCAAGUGACUUCGGGGAAUUGAAUUUGACUGUGAUUAGAGUAUUUUCCAAGGGACUAUCCUUAUUCCUUGUUUACCUUUUUGGCAGCAUUGUGAAAUCAGGUUGAGUAUACAAGCUCUGUAAUAUUUAUCAAUUGCAAUAUACAUGAUGUGAAUAUUUUUUAUACCAUGUUACACUUUGCAUCAAUAUCUUUUAUGAUUAUGCAUUCCUCUUUUUAUCAAAGUAUUGGAACAGUUUGUUACACAUAAAAACUAUCGUUAAAGUGUGACUUUUAUUUCAAGUUAGCCACUAUUUGACAUAUGCCAGGUAGGUAUUCUUGUGUACAAGGGUAUGAGUGUUUGGGCAACAUGUGGUUUAAUUUUUGUCCUCAUUAACUUGUUAGGUUGUUUUGCCCAUAUAAUUUUCAUAAUCCUGUUACAAUGUUAUACAUGUUUUCUUAUGUAUGUAUGUUUAUCAUGUUAUCUUUGUGUUUGUUUUACAUCAUACCAUAGUUAUGUAUUCAAGUGGAUAUGGUAUGAAAGCUGUCAUGAAAUAAUGUGUAUUCCAUCUGCUAUGCAUCUGUUGUGUGGUUUUCUAAAUACAAUAAUAUAUUUAAAUAUGUCAGUACACAUGCAUAAAUGAAUGUAGUUUUGAAACCAUAUCACUUUAUCAUAUUUACAAUAAAGAAGUAAAAGAAA